AUGGCGCCCAGUGCAGUCUCGACAGAGCCCGUUAGCAAGGCUGCUGCCCAGUCGUCCAAGUAUCACGCUGCGUCGACGGAGGCUGCCAUCGCUGCGGAACACGAGUACGCCGCUCACAACUACCAUCCUCUCCCAAUCGUCUUUGCCCGUGCCUCUGGCGCCUCCGUCUGGGAUCCGGAGGGCCGUCACUAUCUCGACUUCCUCUCCGCCUAUUCUGCUGUCAACCAGGGACACUGCCAUCCCGAGCUGGUGAAGGUCCUGGCCGACCAGGCGUCCAGGCUGACUCUGAGCUCUCGCGCGUUUUACAAUGAUGUCUUCCCCAAGUUCGCCGAAUUCGUCACCAAAUUCUUUGGUUUCGACAUGGUGCUGCCCAUGAACACGGGCGCCGAAGCCGUCGAGACGGCCGUCAAGAUCGCCAGAAAGUGGGGUUACAAAGUCAAGGGCAUUCCUGAGAACCAAGCCAUUGUGCUGAGCGCUGAAAACAAUUUCCAUGGUCGCACGUUUGCCGCCAUCUCCAUGUCGUCGGACCCGGAAUCUCGUGACAACUAUGGCCCGUACCUCCCGAAUAUCGGUUCCAAAAUUCCGGGCACGGAUAAGCCAAUCACGUAUAAUGACAAGGCGGCCUUGCGCUUGGCCUUUGAAAAGGCGGGCUCGAACCUGGCCGCGUUCCUGGUGGAGCCCAUUCAAGGCGAGGCUGGUAUUAUUGUGCCCGACGACGAUUACCUGCAGGAGGCUCGCGCUCUUUGUGACCAGUACAACGCCCUGCUGAUCUGCGAUGAAAUUCAAACCGGAAUAGCUCGCACUGGUAAGCUUUUGUGUCACGAGUGGAGCGGGAUCAAGCCCGACCUGGUGCUCCUCGGAAAGGCCCUUUCCGGAGGCAUGUAUCCCGUGUCCUGCGUGCUAGGUAGGAAGGACAUCAUGCUCACCAUCGAGCCGGGUACGCACGGCUCGACGUAUGGAGGUAACCCUCUUGGCUCGGCCAUCGCCAUUCGCGCCCUGGAGAUCAUCCGGGACGAGGGACUGGUGGAACGUGCCCAAAAUCUUGGCCGCGUUUUCCGCGAAGGAUUGGAGGCAAUCAAAAGCAAGAGCCCUAUCAUUCAGACUGUCCGCGGAAAGGGCUUGCUGAAUGCCAUCGUAAUCGAUGAGAGUAAGACGGGAGGACACACUGCCUGGGAUCUCUGCAUGUUAAUGAAAAACAAGGGUUUGCUGGCCAAGCCCACUCAUCAGAACAUCAUUCGCCUGGCACCCCCGCUCGUGAUCACCGAGCAAGAGAUUGGGAAGGCCCUGAAAAUGAUCGAGGAGGCCGUCAACGAGCUUCCCAAUCUUGGCGGUGAGAAGGAAGAUAAGAUCAUUCCGCCUCCAGAGAAGAAAGUCAAGAUUGGUGUUGAGGCAUAA